UCACUCCCAUCCUCGGCGAGAUGGGAGGUGGGGGGUAACAACGGCCCCUCCCCCCGCAGCCCCUCCUCCCUCCCCCCCAGCCAGCCUGUCGCCCGUCUGACCUGGGCGCGCGGUGCUUGUCGGGCAUCGCGGGAGCGGGCGGUGAUGAGACGGUUGGCCACAGAGGGAGCAUGGCGCUCUUGGCCGUGCGCUUGGUGCUGUUGCUUCUGGCCGGGGACUUGGCGGCUCCGAAGUUCUUUCUCAAGCAAGCCUGCUAGGGUGGUCAAUUACAGAACCUGGACCAAAUGUUCCUUCUGUGUGUCUGCCAGGAGAGUCUCUUUGGACUCUUUGAGCUCUGACUUUGACCAGCCUUCAGAAUACAGAACACCAAACUGCAGUCAGUAUAAAUUACCAGGAUGUCCCAGAGACUUUAACCCCGUGUGUGGAAGCGACAUGUCCACUUAUCCCAACGAGUGUACUCUGUGUAUGAAAAUCAGGACUCAGACACAAAUAUAUGGGGAUCCUGGGCUGAGAAACUAAGCCAAGUAGCGGCCACCAAACUACUUGAGAGCACAUCUCUCCUCUGCACAAACUUGUUCCAUCGGGUUCUUCUUCCUUUAGGAAGAGUUCUCUCCAAAAGAUUUCUCAGCCCUGCGUGGAAGUCAUGGAGACUUUGGAUGGCUCACUCCCACCAACUCAUAUGACACGUGAAGAUCUUGCUGAUAGAAGGAUCUCGGACUCAAAUUGCAAGUAACACAGUUACACAGACAUGUGUACACACAGUGUACAAAACUUGUCUUACCAGGGUUUCUAAUGGAUUCAAAUGCAUAUGGAGAGCAGGACAAGCUUUUCUUUUUAGAGGGCAUAAUGUAAAAUUCCAUUACAAACUGAGUCCCAAUUGCCUUUCAGUUUUUUGAAACAGUCUGCACUUCCCGAACCAUUCCUUCCUCAAUUUCAAGAUGCUCAAGACUCUGCUGUGAAAAUCUUUUUUAUGUUGACAGUUUACAUUGUUGUAUAUUCUUCACCUGGAGAACAAGUUACCUCAGAGUGCGGCAAUUUUUAAAUAAAGCCACAGCUUAUUUAGAUGCACUUUUGAGU